AUGGUUUUCAUCAGCGUAAAUAUCAUUAGCCCCGACUUUAUUGGUGGCAGCGGCUGUGGCGUUAGUGGCGGUAUUGGUGUGGUGCUUGCAAAUUAUCUGACAGCAAAUUUCAUGGUCCCCUUUUACUUGAAACCACAAGCAGUGGUGUAUAACGCCGAUAACUGCACGAUCUACAGCUGUCAGCGGAAAGGUGAGGUGUUGAUAGUGUCUUCUUCACAAGAAACUUGCCCAGAUGUGAGUGGCUGCCCGGCACACUUAUUGGUGACCACCGAAGGGGGUUGCUGUAAAUUGUGCAAGAGUGAACCUCCUGCCGAGGACCAGAAGAAUUGCCUCCCGGUCAGCUUGGUUGAACCGCUGACAGUAGAACUAAUAGAAAUUGUACAGCCCGGUGUGGGUAAGUGUGUAAAUAAAGCACCCAUACAGGGUUUCACAGACUGCGAGGGCGCUUGUUCGUCUGGUUCGAAAUACAAUAAAGACUCGGCUACGCACGAGAAGCAUUGCCACUGUUGCAGUAUUAAGAGUUGGAAAGCAGUAACUGUGCCACUGAUUUGUGAGAAUGGCAGCAAGCUAGAGAAAAAGGUUGACGUCCCGGCAAGCUGCGGUUGUAGUCCUUGCGCUGAGAACACUGACUAUGAUAUUGGUGAUAAAAUUGAUGUGCGAAUGCAAACCUUACCCAAAAUUCUAUCUGGCCAGCUUUCAGUGCUUUGAAGCUACAACGAAGAGGGCUACGGAUCAACGAACGAUAGCUACACUUAGAAUUAGGACUUGUUGCUAAGUUAUAAUAAAUACAAUUAACAUUCGAAUAUAAAAUAGAA